AGAGACGACAAAAUGACACCUUUGGCGGUGGCGGCAUUUUUCAAGCUGUGAGGUUAUCUGACAUGUGUGCUGACCCGCCAAAUAAUUUUUACUGACUUAUGUCAUAAGGGCUGACAGCGAUGGAACGAAAGAUCAAGAAACCAGCUGAAUAAAUAAAAUAAUCCUUCGACAGGUUUGAAUGGAUUAUUCUUAUUUUAUUUUCUAGAAACACAAAGACAUUUUGCGGCACUGUCCAAAACAAGGAAACAUCGCCAACAGGCAGUCAAGUUUGGAAAUUUUUAAACUAAGAAUGGGGGAUCUGGCAUGGCUAGCCCCUGUAAAGCACAAAGACAUUGGUGGAUCAAAGAUCAAAUUAGACUAUGCUGACAGCCUACUGAUCGGAUCAAGACCAGGGAGUGCUUUGUCUGUCCACAGUAAAGAUGGAGAUGAUCAUGGUUUAUCAGCACGGUACUCUCACAAUUCAAUGCAUGUACCAGAUACAAAAUGGAAGCCACAUAAACCACCAAUGUCAGCAGUCAAAGGAGCAUGGCAGCAACAUGGAUCUCGGUCUGCAUCACCUAACAGAUUUCAAAAUAACUCAAGAUCAGGAUCUGCAGUCAAUGGACAGGAGACAGUACUUGCUGUUUACAAUCUAUCUAAAAGCCACAAAGGGCAUUUGGGUGAUGCGUUCUCUGGACAACUAGUCACAAGGCCACUUUCAUCCAGAUCCAGACAUGGUGUAAAAAUCCAUGUAGAUGAAGGAGACAGUGUAAAUAAAGGCCUGGAGGAUGAUAUUGGUAACUUGCAGGCUUCUCUAUUUAAACAAGGACAUUCCAGAAAUCAUGCAGGAGAGGAUUAUUCAAAUGCAGAAUUUGUUCCGCUUGUUGGAUCAAAAUCCAUUUAUGGAAGAUCACAUUCACCUACUGAAAUAAGGCAGGGCAAGGACCCACAAAUUACUGCAUCAAAUAGAGAACUUGUCUACAGACCUGAUGGUAUGAAUGGCCAGUUCAUGGUGACUCAAAACAAUGGACAUGGCUUCAGACCUGGAAAGCUGGGCAGAGAUACUGACCAGGAGUUUGUCAUUGAAGACCUAGAAAGAGAAAGCGGUGGUCAAAGUCUUAAUAAGAAUCUCUUCGAGCUCGACACAGAUGACAUGAACAAUGCAGGACAUACCAAGAUAUCAAGAAUGACUGGCGAGUUCGGUGAUCGAGGCAGUAAUAACAACUUUGGUGAUCAAGAUUUAAAUCGACGGGUGCAGUUUGCGGACAACAGCAACAACUCGAGUUCAACGUCAGACGCAGGGACAGGAUUGCCUUCUAUUAUCGUCGAUGAUAGCGAGACGCCAUCAACACGUGAUGCAUCUACAUCAACACUGAAACGAAUAGAGGAUCCAACUGAAGCUAGAAAGAGAAAACUAAGAAUGAAAAUGAGAUACGCAAAUGCAUUUAAGAAUCUUUUUAACGAAGUUCAUGCUGAGUCGAUGAGAGCAACGCUUGAUCUGGGCAGUUGUUACGAACCCGAGGAUCUCAAAGUGGCAAAAACAGAAGAGAAAAAGGAAGUAGAGCUAGAAAAGAAGAUGGAAGUACUGAAACCCAACCUUCCACAUGGCUUGCCUAUGAAAAACAUAAAGGAUCUGAAGACCCCCAAAACCAAAGCACCUGGGUAUGCCACAGUCGCUGAAGCUGGUCAGUUGAUGAUGUCACCAGAAAGCAUAAAAGUAAUGCGAGAAACUUUGGAUGAAAAGCGACAGCAGCUAUUUGGCGAUCAACCUUGGCUGUUAGGCCGCCUUUCUCUUUCAAAGGAAACUUGCCGGUUUGAAUUACCCAUGGAUGUACAUAUCUUAAGUCGUAUUUCACCAAUGGAUUACGUCACGAGGUAUACAGUUAUCAGUCGUAGACGGAGAAGUCUGUAUAAAAGUACGUUUCAGAAAAAUGACAAAGACAGAGAUGGAUGGAUAUCAUAUAAAGACCUUGUCAAAACUGUCAAAGAUAUCCACGUGAAUUAUAUAGAUGAAAAUGAAUUGGAUGAGCUUACAAAGAUCCUUGAGCUCGAUAUGUCAGCGGAAUCAAAAUAUAACAUUUCUAUGUUUUCUGGAAUCGCAGCGUUCUCAGAAAGGCUAGUUCUACACAUGAGGAAAAAUUUCCGGAGCAAAGAUCCAUUUGGUAAGGAAAGAUUAGAAGACGCUGAUUUUGACAAUAUGAGGUGGAAAUUAAAAGGUGUCAAUGUGAACCCUGCAGUAAUGGAAGUGCUGAAAGUUUUGUAAAAAUGUCGAUGGAUUAGAAUAGAACCUUGUUUUACGCCAGGUUGGCAAUCAGCGAUAGGUAUUAUAUUCCUUCAAAUAUCCAAUGUAAAUUUUUCAUAAAAUCAUUUAGCUUCGAAUAUCUUAAAUAGAUUUCUUCAAAUUGUAAAUUGUAUUUUUUUAAUUAAAUACCAAUUUGAUAAUUUCGUUACUGUUCGUGAAAGUAUCGAACACUAAAUACUUAUAAAAUCAUUUUUACCUUCAAUUAUAUUAGUAUUAGCUUGAGUAUUAUUUUGCUAAAUUGAACUGCACAACUAUUUUUAAACUAAUAUUUGUAUUUUGCAUUAUAGUUUUUGAACUCCCCUAGAUCUUUCCUCAGUAUUUUCUUACAAAAACACCACCCAAUAACUUGUACGUUCGUUUCUUCGAACCUAGGAGUUAUUCCAAGGUAUCUGAAGUUUACUCUAUGUAACAAUCAUUUUGUAACCAUCUGUAUUGGUCUGGAUGGCCAAGCUCCACCGCUAUUAGCACGCCAAAGUACUUCAGCAUCAGCUGUUGUAUCUAAGCUAGUUGUGGUAUUUAGGCUUACACAAGCACCAUUUAAAUUUCUCUUCUUCUCUGUCUCGAAGUUGUUUCGAAAGCGAGGUUCUGAUAGGGGGUGGUAGAAUUUCAAAUGGGGGAUGUUAGAAUUUCAGCAUCACAUACCUCCUUUGUUUGUUCUGUUUAAAUGAUUUCACAGUUUUUAGCAAAAAACAUAUCCCUUAAUUUGCUGCCCUGAAAGACUUCCAAUCUGGAUUAAAGAUUUUGUACUGAAAAUGGUGACAAAAUUUGUUUGAGGAUAGCUUAUAUUUGAAAAAAAUCAUGUUUAUACAAAUGACUUGUAGUCUAUUGCCAUUAACAUUUUGUCAGUAAAACACAAUUUGAAGCUUAACGGCAAAAUCACAUGAAUCUUUGCUCACGUUUGUAUUCUUUAAAGCAAGUUUCGUUGCUUUUCAAAAAACAAGUAAAAAAUAUUGUGAUUUACACUAAUCCAUUCUAUAGAAGAGUGAUAGCCCUCUAUAGCCCAAUUUUCGAUUAUGUCAGAAUCUGGGCGUUGUUUUAAAGAAUUUUGAACAUUUUACUUCCUUUAUUCAAAUUUGUCUCAGUUUGAAAAUUUCUUCCAACAGUUCCCCCCCCCCCCCUUUGAGUAUCAAAUAUAAUAUAUCAAUUCAUGUUUAUUGUUUAUCAAUUUUUUAAUAUGAAUUUGUUCCGAUUUUUUACUGUUCCAGCACAUUUUCUGUUAAUCAAAUAGAUUUUUAUAUUAAAUUGCCAUUGAGCAGAUUAUAUAGCGUAACAAUUGAAAUAUAUAUGUGUAUAUCCUUUGACUCAAACUUUUUUAUGGAAAACAAAAAACAUUUAUGCGAUACAUUGUUUCAUAUAGUUAUUUUCUCCUUGAUUGAAUCACAUACUUCGAUUUUAAGCCAACGAAAAGAUCAAAUUAAGAGCAAAU